CUCGUGCCGAUGCCUGAGGGGAGGGUGCCGGAGGAACCCAGCCGGGGGUGUCCGGUGGUGGGCACAGGCGGGCGGGCCCCGCUGGCCGUCGGGGAGCGCUUCUCCCGCGAGGGCGGUGGAGCGCGGGCUGCCCGGGGCUGUCUGCCCGCGGGGAUGGCCAAAACCAUCGAGCAGGGCACCGACAGCAGAACUGGCAGCUUUCUCUCCUUGGGAACGUGGUGUCAGGAAAUGGAAUUGUCUCGAGGCUUUGCAUAGGAAAUGUGUAGUGUGCUCGCUGGUUUUCAGGGCUGGAAAAAGUCAGGGCUACCUGGCACAUCUGCAGAGGGUCUCUCCCAUUGCCCCAUUCUGUUAUUCUGUACAGAGCUGUACGCGCUGCUGGGCUGUGCUGGGUUAGGGCUCGCUGGAUAUUUGUAAUUUGUUGCACUGAGGGGCUGGAUGGAUACAGGGCUCCUUGGGCACGCUGGAUCAGUCUCCCCUUGCCUUCCCCAGCCCCCUGCAUACACACAGCCCUCUGUUCCAGUGACACAACCUGGCUGGGAGGGCGCCUGGCUGUGACAGAGCCCAGCACUGCUUGAGCAAUUCCUUCUCCCAGCUGGGACUGGCAUCAGUGAUGGAAGGAAAGUAGAAGAGAAGCUGUAGGAAAACCAGCCCCUGGAAAUGGAAAUGUGUAUUGGAGCACUGGUGGCUGGAGGAUCUGACUUGGAUGUGACCUUGCUGUCCGUUGCUGCUGGGCAAAAUUUUAAUCUCAGUCUUCCAGUUGUAAUAAUCGAAUGUGGAUAUGACUCAGUGGGCAGCUCUGGAACACAUUAUCUGAAUGGUGUCUGAGAGGUUUUCUGGUGCUGCCUUAGUCUGCACCCUUUGAACCUCCUGGGUGCUGCUGAGACAUUCCCAAAGGAAUGAGUGGUUGCUUGUGGCCCCACACAGCCUGCCUGGGGUAAAGCCACACAGGCUUUGUGACUUUCUUUGGAACCUCACCUCUGAUGGUGGCACCGAGGAAGUGCUCCAGGAUAAGUUGUGCCUGAUUUUUAACUCCAUGCCCAGCUUGUGCCUCAUUUCUGGUGCUGUGCAGCUGCAGCACUCCUGGGGCUGGCAGCCUGCCCGGGGUGUAGGGGCUGAGUCAACUGCUGUUGUCAGUAUUGCUGCCCUGGGCAUUCAGAUCCUGUGAGUCAGGUCAAAAACCCACGACUUUAAAAAUAGUACAUUGUGGGUUCUGUCCAUGGGCACUCUGCUGUAGCAGCCUUCAGGGCUUGCAUGCUGGAAGUGGUCUGGUUUGGGUAUUUUUAUAUCUUGAGGAAAAACUUGCUUUCAGGAAGUUGAAUUUCAUCACUUUAGAAAAGGACAAUCAGUAGAAAAGCUUUAGGACCUGUGAGGGUCAGAGUUAACCUCCUUUUGCUGUGUAAUUUGGAUUAGCAGCACAUUUUCUGUGUCUGGGGGCUGUGGCCAUUGAUCUAAUGAGGCAGAGCUGCUCCUCAGCAGGAGCUGCAGCAGCAUGGAAGGAGUUAAUACCUCGUGGUUAGAGUAGCUUUGUAUCGAGAUGGAAAUGACUAAGCACUCUGCAUUCCUGGAGAGUUACUUGUUUUGAUAUAAAAUCUGCUUGUUUGCUACUGCCCAUGUCUUUGAGGCAUCAGCAUGGCAGAGCUGUUCAGAGGAGCAUCAGAGUUCUUCUGGAGAGGAACAGGAUGGGAAUAGCUGAGAGCUCUGGAAGGGCUCCCUUCCCUCCAGGAACGAGCUGCCAGCUUCCCUAGGCUCCACAAGACCAGAAGCUGCUUUUUAUUUGGCUGCUAACACACAGGAGGCUUGGUGACAAAGGCUCUGGGGUGGUUUAGGACUGCACAGCUUUCACAAAAGGACUGGGAUUGCCUCAGAGCUGCACCAGCUGGUCCAGGCAGUGCUUGUGUUCCCAGGACAAGGUGGGAGCAGCCGGCCCGCGCUCCGUGACCCCGCCGGGCCCUUGGUGCCAGCUUGGAUGCGUGCAGCGCCGGGCAGGCCGUGGCCAGGGCUGGGCAUGGGCAGCGUGUGAGCCCGCCUGGCACUGCCAUGCACCCCGUGGGCACCGGGGACGGCAGCUUCACCCGCGGGGCCCUGCAGGGCCAGACCCUGUCCCGCAGCCACUGCCGCAACAUCAGGCAGAAGAUCUCGCAGUGGGAGGGCAGGGCCAGGGGCUGCCCCAGCAAGGACAGGCAGCAGCUCAAGGACUUUGGGGUAAAAUACGACCCCAGCUGCCACAAUGCACUGCCCAAAGUGAAGGCAGAGUGCACUGAGAACGGCACAAGGGCUGGGGGUAAAGAUCCCAAGAGCCUGGGGUUGGAUUUUAGGGAAGAUGCGCGGAGAUGCUGGCAAACCAGAGGCUGUGGUGGCCCAGCUUGCCCAGCCAAGGAGAAAGGAGAGGCACAAACAGGCUGCCUGACCCCAGGGGUGGCACUGCCCCCAGGGAACUUCUAUACCUCACAAGCUCUGUGGAGGAGAGCAGAUCCCGCCCUGCCUGGCAGAACCUCUCCUGGUGCCUCGGACCUCCAGAGGAAGCGAGGCAGCGCUGGCUCCCCAGAAAGAGAAAUGCAAAUCAAAGGAGUGGACGCUCUCUGCAGGGCAGAGAGGAGCUUGAGGAACAUUUACUCUGAGGUUGAGGGGCAGGAGGAGGAGGAGGCAGCUCCUGAUCCACCUCCCAAACCCCGCAGGACUUUCCGCUACCUGGCAGAGAAGGGUGCUGGGGGUCGUAGAGCUGCCAGUGCCACCAGGGAAGGUCCCCUGCAAAAACACUGUGGAAGGGACGUGGUGUCAUCCUGCAACAACCCUGAGAAGAAAAUAGCCAGCAGGAGGAUCAGAGGGAGAGCCCAGAGGAAAUCUUUUGAGUUUGAGGACAUCCAGGGCUUCCGCAGGCGGCCGGCGGGCGGCGGCUGCCACAGACCCCGGGAGGAGAGCAAUGGCUCUGCAGGAUCCAGGCUGCUCUGCACUCAGUCUCAGGACAACAUCUACGAGGACAUUAUCUGUCCCACAAAAGAACAUCCCUAUGAAGAUAUCAGAGCACUGCCCUUGCCCCUGUGGAAGGUCCCAUCUGUGUGGAAGCUGCCCCCUCCCCGGAGCAUCAGCAGAGCUCCCAAGCCUCCCCCCAAACCUCCCUUCCUCAGCCGUAAAUCACUGGAGCUGAAGCCCUCCCAGACAAAUUUCCAAGGGAAGGUGGGGAAGGAAACCUCCCUGCCUGUCACUCUGUCUGAGUGGAAGCUGUUCCGAGCAGUGGAGGCUGCCAGCAGGAGAAAGAACCUGCCCUGGCUGGUACUGAAAAUACAGGAGAUCUUUGAUUCCAAGCGUGGAAAGAGGAAGGUGAAGCUGCUCAGUCCUGCUGGGAGAGAAGCAGCUCCAGUGAAAGGUGAAACCAGCGGCAACGAAAGCGAUACGGAAAAUCAGCCCAGAAGUCGCCCCAGGUGCCUGAGGCGCUCUCCCUCCAAGAGGAACCCUCACUACCAGACCUUGGAGAGGGAUCUCAUCGAGCUCCAGGAGCAGAGGCUCUUCGAGCUCUUCGUGGUGGUGUCCCUGCACAAGAAGCCAUCUGAGGUCACCUACACACCACACAUCAUCCAGCAGUUCCCCAGCAAGCCUGAACAUCCCUUCAGACCAUCAAAGGACACUGAAGAGAGGCUAAAGGUCAUUCCCAAAUUCUGCUUUCCAGAUCCCAAAGACUGGUUCCCUUCAUCAGACCUUAAAAGUGAAACCUUUUCCUUCGUGCUGACAGGGGAGGACGGCAGCCGCUGGUUCGGGUACUGCAGGAAGCUCCUGCCAGAAGGGAAAGGGAAGCGCCUGCCCGAGGUGUACUGCAUCGUGAGCCGCCUGGGCUGCUUCAACCUCUUCUCCAAGAUCCUGGACGAGGUGGAGAAGAGGAGGGAGAUGUCCCCAGCCCUGGUGCACCCCUUCAUGCGCAGCGUGAUGGAGGCGCCGUUCCCCGCCCCGGGCCGCACCAUCACCGUCAGGAGCUUCCUGCCAGGAGCAGGAGAUGAGGUAACACAGGUGAUGGAGCUGUGCCGUCCCUUGGACUCCAGGCUGGAGCACGUGGACUUCGAGUGCCUCUUGCAGUGUCUGAGCGUGUCCCACACCAUCCGGGUGUUUGCCUCCCUCCUGCUGGAAAGGAGGGUCAUCUUUGUGGCUGACAACUUAAGCACUCUGUCUAAAUGUGGGCACGCUGCAGUGGCAACCCUUUACCCCUUCACCUGGCAGCACACCUACAUCCCUGUGCUGCCAGCUUCCAUGAUCGACAUCGUGUGCUCUCCGACCCCGUUCCUCAUUGGCAUCCUCUCCUGCUCCCUGCCACAGCUCUGGGACCUGCCCAUAGAGGAGGUUCUGAUUGUUGAUCUUUGUGCUGACAAGUUCUUGCAAGAGGUAUCAGAUGAGGAUGAGAUCCUGCCCCACAAACUGCAGGCUGCUCUUGUACAAAUCCUGGAAGAACGCAGUGAAAUCCUGUCACACGAGCAGAAUGACACACAAGGUGCCACGAGCCUGAACUCCCUGGUCUCGGAGGCUUUUGUGCAGUUCUUCGUGGAGAUUGUGGGGCACUACUCGCUGCACAUGAGCGUGACGGAGCAGGGCCAGCGCGUGUUCCAGCGCGAGCCCUUCCGCAAGAGCCACGGCUCGCGCACCGUGCGCCACUUCCUGCACUGCUUCAUGGAGACACAGAUGUUUGCUGGAUUCAUCCAGGACCGCGAGCUCAGCAAGAGCCUGGCCAAAGGCCUUUUUGAGAUUCGUGCCUUGGAGUAUUUGGAGCGUAUUCCAGAGACGGAGCGAACUGGAAUGAACAAAAUCCUUCGAAGUCUUGGCAGUAAAAUGAAAUUCCUCCAGAAGAAGUGACUGGGUGCUGCUGCGGGACAGCGGCGGAGCGGGGAACGGCUGGAGGACUGAGCUGGGCCCCAGGAGGGCCAGGCUGGGCCGGGGGCUCCAAGUGUGCUGUGGGAAUAACAACCCAUGGAUCCAUAACAGCUCAUGGAUCCAUGAGUUCCAUGGAUUGAUAACAGCUCGUGGAUCGAUAAAGAGUUCCAUGGAUGGAUAACAGCCCAUGGAUUGAUAACAGCUCGUGGAUCAAUAACCUGUUCCAUGGAUCGAUAACAGCUCAUGAAUCGAUAAAGAGUUCCACGGAUCGAUAACAGCUCACGGACUGAUAAUGGGUUCCAUUGAUCGAUAGCAGCCCAUGGAUCCAUCACCAGUUCCAUGGACUGAUAACAGCUCAUGGAUCAAUAAUGAGUUUCAUGGACUGAUAACAGCUCAUGGAUCGAUAACCAGUUCCAUAGGCCGAUAAGCAGUUCCAUGGAUCAAUAACAGCUCAUCG